AUGAGUGAAAAAUCUCUAUCAGAAGAAUUGAAUGAAAUCAUGAAUAAGGGUGCAAAUGCAAAAUGUGCUGAUUGUGGGGCUCCUAAACCAAACUGGGCAUCUGUUAAUUUAGGAGUUUUUAUUUGUAUAAAGUGUAGUGCUGUUCAUAGAUCUUUUGGUACUAAUAUUUCUCAAGUUAGAUCAUUGAAAUUAGAUUCAUUAACAGAAAACCAAGCAAAAACACUUAUAAAUAUUGGAAACGAACGUGCAAAUUCUUAUUAUGAAAAUUCAUUACCACAUAACUUCCAAAAACCAUCAUGGUUGAAGCAUGAAGAUGUUGCUUCUUUCAUUCGUGAUAAAUACGUUAAUAAAAAAUGGGCUCCUCCAAUGACCAUCAAAGAAUUCUUAAAUCCAAAGAAAGAAACUGAACAGCAGAUAGAAAAACAUGACGAGACAUCACUUCCUACCUUUGAUCUACUUGGUUUGGCAUAA